UGUUGUGAGUAGGUACAUAUAUGUACGGUUUGUAUGGAUUUAGAUGCAAAUUGUUCCAGAAACAUUAAAUAGAAGGUAGUCAUUUAAGUAACACUAGAUAAAAUGACUAACGUUUUUGGAUUAAUCGUGUCUGGGCGACUGGUCCACACAGAUUUCUCACCUAUUGCUGAGACUAGAUUCCUGACCACAAUCACAGAAGCAGACAGCAUCAACCAUGUAGCAGUAUUUCUGACAGGAGCUGUACCUCUACCACCUGGAACAGCAGCAAUGGUCUACUGGAGCUGGCCUGACCCAGCCGCACCUCCUAACUGGCAGCUACUUGGUCACAUUUCGAACAUCAAGCCAUCGGCCAUAUUUAAGAUAUCAAAUUUAAAAAAACUACAUGAGCUAACAAAUGAAAACAAAUUCAUGGGCACAUUUGGACAGCAGCAGAUAUGUCACAAUGCACAAAUAGGAAUAUCUAUUGAGCCUGAAGCCAAUGUGCAACUAUUGGCUUCAUCUGUUGCACUCCAAGAAACAAACAACUAUGUGACAUUUGCUCAGAAAAUGUUAGAAAACUUAGUCAAUUUUGUAGCAUCAUUCUCUGUUACGCAAGAUCAGAUGACACCCACACCUGGUGUUUCAUACAUCCCGCUGAACACCCUUCACACGUGGUACCAGAACUUUGAGAGAAGGCUCCAGCAGAAUCCUAAUUUCUGGAAGAAUUAAUCAAAUCAGUGAUUGUUAUGUAGUGUGAGUGUCAAGCUGCAGUAUGUAUUAAGGUUCUGAUUAAUAAAAACUAAAUAUGCUUGCUCGCUCGGCAGUGAGUUACCGAAUGAAAUGUAAUUGGUAGGGCUCCACUAAUGUAAAAAUUUUACUCAGUAUUUUCGCUUUUCGCGGUAAAAACUAAUUUAAAAUUCAAAUACUGUCCACCAAAACUGAAAAAAACGCCACAUUAAACUGUAAAAAUACUUGUAAUUAUAAAUUAUACUAAUUGACCAGCUAAAAUUCCCUACAUAGAUAUCUCAAUGUUUAUUUCAUGAGCAAUGUAAGAGACAAAUUGGAAACUGGUUUUGUGAAGACAUUUUAUGUUUACGGUUAGUAGUCGUACGCUGUCGCCAACGGCACUACCCGGGAGUCGGCCCCCGGGCUCCACAGCUGGACAUCUUACAAUAUUAUGAUGACAUUAGUUCAGAUGUGUUUUCACAAUGUUACGGGACAGCGAUGCCAAAUUAUGGCUGGUCUUUAUUUUUUAUAUGACAAUGAAAUGUGAACUUAAGUCCUUCAGGCAAUUAUCCUUACAGAUUGUGUUGGCAUCAAUUACUUUAAAAUUUUAAGUGUGAAAUUUAAAUGCUCUUUUGACAAACUUUCGCCUCAAAAAAGUUAACAGCAGCUAACACUACUUUUACGGUUCAAUCGCAUUGGUUAUUUGGAUUUGUGAAUGAACUCACGGCCCACCUGAUGUUAACUGGUCACCGGAGCCCAUGAAUUCACUUCUAUUGUACAAUGGCUGCCCCACCCUUCCAACUGGAACAUAUUACUGCUUUACAGCGGAAAUGUGCAGCACCGGGGCACCCACCCGGGGGGACCCGCAACACGCCCUGCCACUAGGCACCAGCCUCCAACCAGUACGCUAAUUGUAUAUUUUGGCGAUUUUGAAUUUUUGAACGAAGACGUUUGUGAAUUCCUAAUGUAUAUAAUACAAUAAGCAGAGGGGGUUGAUAAACGUAUCUCUUAGAGUACUGAAAUAUACUUUUAUUCAAAUUUAUAUUAGUUGAUGAAAUAUGUAAUAAUAUAUAUAAUAAUAUAUAUAAUAAUAAUAUAAAUAAUAAAAAUAUAAAAUACGUUACUGUUAACUAAUGUCAGAUUACUUCAAUUGGAAAUAUUCAAAUUAACCUAACUUUACAUACUUAAAAUAUUAUACAUAAUUAGAUUAAUAUUUCGAGCACUCGUGUAUGGUAGAAUAAGCUCCAAAAAUAAAACGCUUUAUUGUUCAUUGUCGAUCAACCUUAGCAAUGUUGGAGAAAUGAUGGCGUAAUGUCGGAAGUCUACGGAAUAAAUUAAAAAAUUUAAUUGACAAGAAAAUUAUAUUUAAUAUUAUAUUAAAAAUUAUAUUAUCUUCUUUCCCCAUACAAUAUUGUCUUUCGUGUUGCUCACAUGCACUUGGCUCGUUUGGCCGAACUGGCACCAGUUUCUCUUUAAGAGAAUCAGGAACUAUCCAAAUCCAAAGUUGAGCAUGUCCCACAUUCUACGCAGGUACAGUCGCGGUUGCCGCAGCACCAACGUCCUCGGAGUCGAGGUAUUUUUGUCAAUUUCAUAGGUCACCGAGGGUUAAACUAUUAUUUUUGAUUUAUUGAAUAGCGUCGGAACUAUUAUUAAAAGCUAUAUUCGAAAGAUCUCGCUGCCCGUUGCAAUGUAAUUGUUCAAUAAUAAUAACGAAUAUUUGAAGUAAGUUUUCGUCAGUCUUGUCAUGGAGCAUUAUAUUUGCCGAGAUAACUUGCGAGCUACUAAAUAACGGGCCUUUUUCUCGCCAAACUGCAAACAGCUUCAGUAGAUACUAUAGUUAAGUUUAACCCGGUGUUGUUGUCCUUGAAUAUUCCAACAAUGAGCCUUUAACGUGCCUGUAUAAGUAAGUUCACUGCGCAUGUCAUCGUCAGUCAUCGAGCGACUGUACAGUAGUGCAUUGCAAUAAUUCCCGAACACGCGGACAGGUGGCGCUGCACUCACUACUAUAUUGUCGUUACGUACAUUGCACGCAAUGGAACGCGAUUUUGAAUGACCUCUAAAGAACGUGGGGGACUGCCUUCAUGUUGUAGUAGGUUAAUGAAGUAUUUAAGUAAUUACGAAACAAGCAAUAUUACGUUUAGUUUUGUAAAUAAAUGUUCGGUUCUUGUAGAUUGUUCUGGUCCUGUUACCAGGAGCUGUCACGGGUGUCCGUAGACAAUCGUGUUCAAUGUACGUGCCUCAGUGAUGACAGCUGCCUUCAAUUGUAAUUAGCCGUGUAUUUACAAGUAACUAACUGCGCCCGCGGCUUCGCCCGCAACGAAAUGCAACUUUAUAUUAACACAUAACGGCUAUAAGACGAUUCAGAAAGCCAACUAUAUAAGACAUUUCAGAACAAUUUAUAGGCCAAAUUUUCAAAAGAUAAUAUCCCUGGCCGCAGCGCCACCAUCCGGCACUCACGCACCCGUGCCCGUCGGAGUGGUCAUGUCGCAGCCCUUUGUAUAUGGUUGCAAAGUUUCUUAUCUAUUGGGCUAUUUUAGGUGUACAUAUAUUUUAUUAUUUUUAUAUAUAUAGAUAUCGUGUGCGGGAGGCGCCAAGACUGCUUAAGAAUGUUUUUUUAAUAAAGAAUGAUUUUUAUAA